AUGACAUUAACAGCGAAUCAGCAACAAAUGGUUGCAAUCAAUAUCAAUGGAAAUCAAACAUUAAUACCAUUGAAUAUGUUCACAAGACUGUUACAACAGAAAUAUUCGUCGAUACAGCAAUCGACAACGGUAUAGAUGGUCUUCUGAAUAACACAUUUGUUAAUUUGAAGACCAUCUAUACCGUUGUCGAUUGCUGUAUCGACGAAUAUUUCUGUUGUAACAGUCUUGUGAACAUAUUCAAUGGU